CUGCCGCGAUUUCCUCUUUCACACUGCGGCUCAGCCUAGAGGCUGAUUCUCCUGCCAUCCCUGUUGUAGCUGUCGCUCCUGCUGCGGUUGCGGCGCGUUGGGGAGGCUGCCAAAAAAAAAGGAUGAGAAGCUCGAAUGUUUACACUUCCACUACAGCAGCCAUGCCUCUUUGCCUGAUAGCUCCACACCCCUUCCGCAUCUAAACGGCGACAGACUGCAGAGCAUCAACCCAAUUCCCCCCUCAUCCUAAAACCAGCAUCACCCCCGCCCCCCAUAGGUUUGCCUUACUUCUGUUUCCGCUUUAGUCAAAUCACCCCGCAGCUGGACCAGACCGAUUUACUGCCUUCCCCGCCCGCUGCUCCAAUUGGCAAGUGGACCACAACAGGGGGGAAAAGAAAUCAGCAUCCUGCCGAUUCGGUGCAUCUUCUCUUCCGUCUCCUGCACUGUUCAGUUAACCCAGACCUAGCAUCAUCAUCAUCUGUGAAGAGGCCGAAACCAGGAGACGGAGUCUGUUUGAUACUCCACUUCCCUCUUCCUUUCUGGGCAUCGUUAUCCUCAGCUGAAGCGAUGUAGGAUAUGUUGGGCGACCUCCUCUCCCAUCAACCCCAUCCCCGCUUAUCCUGGUUAGAAGAUCGUCUUUGGUGAAUAAGACUGCUUACUGCCAUUGUUCAGUUUCUUUAUUUAUUGUUCACAUAUUUGAAGUUCAAUGUCAACGAUAAGAUCAUCAAACUGACUGUGUACAUGAUUUUUGGGAAAGUGGUGGUUUUGCUGUAUCAAAACUGGCAAUUAGAAAGGGUACAGGUUUAUUUAAGAGAAUAGCAAUUUUCUUCAACAUUGUUUCUAAUUUUAAUUUCUUAUUGCACUAUUAAUAAUGUCGCAUGAUCGGAGUAUCGAGUUGGAGCACUUUGAAGAAAGGAGCAAGGGCCACCGAUCUUCUCGGCGUGGAAGUGGCACUGGAGGAGGUGGAGGAGGCGGUGGAGGUGGUGGAAGCUCAGUCUCCCGAGGAAAUGGUAUACCAAGCCCAGCUCACAGUGCUCACUGCAGUUUCUACCGGACCCGUACCCUGCAGGCGCUUAGCCAGGAGAAAAAAGCCAAAAAAGUCCGCUUUUACCGGAAUGGAGACCGCUAUUUUAAAGGGCUUGUGUAUGCUGUCUCCCCAGACAGGUUCAGGUCCUUAGAUGCUUUGCUUGCAGAACUGACAAAGUCUCUAUCAGAUAAUGUCAACCUGUCCCAAGGAGUCAGGACCAUCUAUAGCAUCGAUGGAACCAAGAAGAUCACCAGCUUGGAUGAGUUGCUGGAAGGUGAAAGCUACGUUUGUGCAUCCAAUGAGCCAUUUCGUAAAGUAGACUAUGCCAAGAAUGUUAAUCCAAACUGGUCAGUCAAUAUCAAGGCAGGAACAUCCCGCUCUCUCUCAUCACUAACAUCAAGAGGUGAAGGAAAAGAAUCCAAGGAUUUUAUUAGGCCCAAACUGGUGACUGUUAUUCGCAGUGGUGUAAAACCACGGAAAGCUGUAAGGAUUCUUCUCAACAAGAAGACAGCACAUUCAUUUGAGCAGGUGUUAAAUGACAUUACAGAUGCCAUAAAGUUGGAUUCUGGAGCAGUCAGAAGGCUCUACACACUUGAUGGAAAGCAGAUCAUUUGCCUACAGGACUUUUUUGGGGAUGAUGAUGUCUUUGUUGCAUGUGGUCCAGAAAAGUAUCGCUAUGCCCAGGAUGACUUUUUACUGGACAGUAGUGAGUGUCGGGUGAUGAAAUCAACCUACUCGCGUUCCGGUAGCACACCACGACAUUCUGGAUCAAAAAGCCCUGGGCUAUCUCGUCGAAGCAGAUCUCCUGCAUCAGUUAAAAGAGGAGGUUACUACACAGCUUUUUCUCCAGUCAAAUCCCCAGUGAAUGGAACUCCAAGCAGCCAGCUGUCAACACCCAAAUCUACAAAGUCAUCCAGCUCCUCCCCGACUAGCCCUGGCAGCUUGAGAGCUCAUAAGAUUAUUCACCAGAUAGGACUCUCUGCCAAUGUGAAUGGAGUACCUCAACAAGCCAAUGGCAUCAGCUUAGAAGGUGUGAAUGGAAAUAGAUCCUUGCCAGCUUCAACUAUUCUUGAUAAAUAUAAAGUUGGAAAGGUGAUUGGAGAUGGGAAUUUUGCUGUCGUUAAAGAAUGUGUGGAACGAUCCAGUGGCAAGGAGUAUGCACUGAAAAUAAUCGACAAGGCCAAGUGCAGUGGUAAGGAGCACUUAAUUGAGAAUGAGGUGGCGGUUCUGCGGAGGGUUAAACAUCCCAAUAUCAUCAUGUUAAUAGAAGAGGUGGACACACCAACAGAGCUUUACCUAGUAAUGGAAUUAGUCAAGGGUGGAGAUCUGUUUGAUGCCAUUACAUCAUCAACUAAGUACACAGAACGGGAUGCCAGUGCAAUGGUGUACAACCUAGUUUCUGCACUCAAAUACCUGCACAGCCUGAACAUUGUGCACAGGGAUAUCAAGCCGGAGAACUUGCUGGUGUGUGAAUAUGUAGAUGGCACCAAGUCCUUAAAACUGGGUGACUUUGGUCUGGCAACUGUGGUGGAUGGACCCCUGUACACAGUGUGUGGCACACCAACAUAUGUUGCUCCAGAGAUCAUUGCAGAGAGUGGGUAUGGUUUAAAGGUUGACAUUUGGGCAGCAGGAGUCAUUACAUACAUCCUCCUAUGUGGCUUCCCUCCAUUCCGCAGUGAGAACAAUGUCCAGGAAGACCUGUUUGACCAGAUUCUUGUUGGACGACUGGAGUUUCCCUCUCCUUACUGGGAUAGUAUCACCGGCUCUGCUAAAGAACUGAUUAGCCGAAUGUUGCAGGUGAACAUUGAAGCUCGGUACACAGCUGAGAAAGUUCUGACUCAUCCAUGGGUGGCUGAUGAUACAGCACAAGAGCGAGACAUGCAGGUAGCAGUGACUGGAAAAUUGAGAAAGCACUUUAACCCAGUAGCAAAGCAGAGCAACAGUACUGCUGGCGUCAGUGUUAUAAUGAUGCAGCAAGAAGUGCAGUGCAAUGAUUAAUAUCCUUUAUGGACACUAGAAGAUUAUAAGUUUGAAGUGUAAGAGGGAGAGGGUGAGGAGCUCCAGUCCUCAUACUGAGACAAUGGAUUAACCUGGAACAACACCAUGGUGUAGAACACAGUGUCCUUACAGGGUGACCAUUCACUAACUCCCAGCCGGUUCAAAUUUGCAUGGCCUGUUGCCUUGUGCCUCAUCUCUUUUUUAAGCUUUCUCAGCUCACACAAGGCAGAACUUUUCAUGGUGUGGAUUCAGGCUAAUGCUGCUAUUUAAGGGAGAGCACAUACCUUUCUUAUCUAUUGCUUGUACUGGAUUAAUUUCACCUCAGGCUCACUCAAGAAUCAAAAUUUUCUGGACUACUGAAUACUUGACAGGAUCAGAAAAAAAUCUCCUAUGUGAUAGACCUCAUGCUCUUGAUUUGAAAGGCCAAAAAGCAUACUUCAUAACUACGUGGACAAGAAUUGGUUUUAAGAUAAGCACCGGUGUUAAAAUUCUUCAGGAAUAACAGAAGAAACCAAGAACUUCCAAAAAAGGAAGACAACCUGAAAUUAUUUCGAGUAGGCAGAGUGGUCUUUGAGUGCCAUCUGGUGUUAGCAAAGCUGAAUUGCUAUGUCAAAAGCUUUGCUAAAAUUUCUUUGGUUUCCACUAAAUCUAUGAUCCUUAUUUCAUAAAUGUUUAAUUUAGCCCUGAUUGUUAGAGUGCUUUUGCAUUAUGUAUUAUGUUCAUGUGAUGCUUGGUUCUCUAAGAUAUGAUUAUGUGAUCAAAGUGAUGUUUUUAAUUGCAGAGUUAUCUAUUAGCUAGUAAAAAUAAUUGGACUCCAUCUUUAUGAAAGCAGAGUUCUUGAGAGCCAAGUAUUUUGCAUGUUGCAACAAGGUAUGAGUUGUAAUAAUUGUUCUUCAGUACAGCACAGAAGAGAGUCAGAUAUUUGAGGAGGGUCUGCUUCAUCCUGCAUCACUUUAAAUGUUUUAAAAGACUGCCUGUUUCCAUUGACAAAUCUUCUAAAAUAAAAUCUGUGCAAAUGAUUGGCAUGAUGUAACUACAAAAUAAAACAUGACAGAAAUUGGGCAACUUCCCACUCCAGUUUUGCUACCAGCAGUAGAAAUGUGUCGAGGUUUAUGUGUUCAGUGAAAUGUCUGAGUUGGAAUCCAUAAUCAACAAGUUUUACAAUGAAUUGAUUUGGAAAAAGUAAUUUGCUGCCACAUUUGUGGUGUGUUUUCUUGAAGAUAUACAAAUAUAAAUGUGUCUGAACUGUGACGAGUCUAUCGCUGUGCUUCUUCCCUCCCACCUCUGGCCCACACCUGCAUUGCUUCUUUGUUUAGAUGCCUGCGGCACAUGUUAACUGCAUCAGCACUUCUCACAUUUCUACUGCACACAUGUUGCUUCUUCCUUUUAAAAAUAGCUGUAAGUGUAGGGGAACAGGAGAAACAGUUUGUUUGGAAUUACUUAUAUUUUCCCUGCAUGUUUCCCCAUCUCAUCAAUUUAACAUUUAGAUUUGAAAAUGUUUUGACAAAGUGAGUGAAUCCUGUUCUAUAAUUUUAUUUUUGACAGUGAUUUUGGAACAGCAUUGUGCAAGGAGAUGUGUUUUAUUUAGGAAUUCAACCAACCUGAAUCUCUGUACAGUGUAAAAAUGAGUGCAGUGUGAUAAUCAUGCUACUUAGUAUCAUUUUAAACUUUGAACUCUUUAGUAUUUAAUAAGUGUUCUGUAUGAAAGGGACCAAAAUUUUAAAAGGAACACAUUAUUCAAGAAAUGUCUGACAGUCCUAUUUCAUUAACUUAUAGACAUACAAUGAAAUGAUUUCUAGUUGGAUUUUCAACUGUUGGUCAUGCACUAGGAAUUAAUUAUUUUGUUACCUAAUGCAUUAAUAAUUCGAGAUUGACAGAUCCAUAGAAAUCCUGUGUGAAAAAAAAUAUUUUGUCAUGUGUGUUGAAGUAUUUUAGCAUUUCAGAUUGGACUGGUGGGCCUAAUGGAAAACAGUAGCAUUUGAAGAGCUCUGGUGCUCUAUCAGUUGCUCUAUCCCUCACUCCAUCUUCUCUCACUCUCAAUUUCCCUCACUCCUCUUUUCCUCACUCACUCAUUACAGAUACAGGGAGCAGGUUGCCUAAGCUGCCACAAAAAUACCAACUCCUCUGAAAGGGUUUUGAUUGGAACCACCUAAAGUUGUUAAUCUCUGUCUAAUAGAAAUCUAAAAUAGUUAUUAGGAGUUGUAUCCCCUUUUGCAGUUAUUGUGAUCCCACUAUGACAAAGUCAUGCAUCAAUCAAACAAAUCAAUUGAUUUUCUCUCUUGGGCCUGAGGUGUCUAAAAUCUCUGCUUUGUAGAAAUAUUUUUUUUUCAUUGCCACAGGUUAAGUGCAUCAUUGAAUGCAGAAACUUUUCAAUCUGUUACUGCUCCGACCUUUCAGGAGAAGGUGAAAUUAGAAAAGAAAAUUUAAAUUGAUAAGCUUUCUUGAGAAUUAACUGGUUGAGCCACUCGUGCCUCGACUCCAUAUUUUUGGACAUAAUACCAACAUUAUUGAGUUAAACUUCAGUAUCACCACCAACAGACCUCAGAAGUACUCACCAUAUACAGUCUUUCCUACCAGACACAGGCUUCUGUGCCAUACAGAAGAGGAAUUGGCAAAUGGCUCCCUGUAGUUCUGCUGUUACGAGGUUCAGGCCUCGAUGUUAAGCCCUCUUUCUAACCAUAGAAUAUUUGCUUGGUAAGACCAAUCCAGAAAUAAACUAGAUUCACAAACUCAGUACCCUUAUUACCUGAGAACUCACUAUGGCAUCAGUGUAGAAUACUACAGAAUGAGAAAAUGAGGAGCACUUAAUGUGCAGGAGGAAGAGGAAUUAUACAUGUUUUUUAAUGUGUUCAUGGGGUAAGGGUGUCACUGGCCAGGCAGCAUUUACUGCCCAUGAAAAAGAAUCACAUUGCUGUGGGUCUGGAGUCACAUGUGGGCCACACCAGGUAAAGAUGGCUGUUCUGUCCCUAAAGGACAUCAAUGAACCAGACGGGUUCCCCACGCAAUAAUCAACAUGGAAUUCAUGGUCAUCAUUAGACUCGUAAUUCCAGAUAUUUAUUGAAUUCAAGUUCCACCAUCUGCCGUGGUGGGAUUUGAACCAGGUUGCCAGAACAUUGUCUAGGUCUGUAGGUUAACAGUCUAGUGACAAUACCAGUAGGCAUUGCCUCAUCUAGUCUUGAUAAUGAAUUGAAAUAUGUUUGAUCACUCAAUUGUUGAGUUGGCUUUUAUCCCACAUUGGAUGCUGUACUAUUCCAGAGAGAAGUCAUUUAUGGCUGCUCACAAUCACCAAGAUUUCUUCUACAACCACAAGAUGAGAAUAUGCCUAGCUUUUUUUUCCCCCAGGUUCUAUAUGGCUGGACAGAUGGUCCACUUCUGGUAAAUUAGUCUAAGAAACUAUAUAAAUUGCUGACUGCAGAUUCUGGAUAAGCUCUGGAUACCCUAGCAUUUCACAAGAGGUUUGGGAGGAAGCAAGUACACUUUGUUAUGUUUUGUGCCCUGGGUUCUAUUACAUUGGUACCAAUCAUUACCACGUCUCCAUGUGUGACAGUCUAUCCAACAUUACAAAAGAAUUUGCCUUGUUCAUUCUUUUAAGUCCACUUUUGCAACAUCAACAUCUCUACCUCUCUUUUACUGCUGGCAGGAUUUUCGUCAAUGUCUGUUAUCGCAAUAAAACUUUAUCCCCCAUGCACUAUCGCCCCACCUGCUUCCAUAACCACCAUAUUGUAUCCAUUGGAAACAUUAUAAUUCCUUCACAAUGACUUUGUUUCCAUACAAAAUGUUGCACUUCCAGGCUUCAUGUGACCCAGCAAACUGAAUUCAAACUCUCAGAAUCCAACGAUACCAUAUCAUCAAUCCAAUCCAAUCCUACAGCUUUUUCCAGAUAUAAUUCCUCUCAUGAUCGCAAAACUCUUCCAUUCAUUUGCUUGCUCCUCUGCUAUUGUUGGCCUGUUCCUCUUGAUUGGUACAGCUGGUGAGUAAUCAUUUUCAUUCCUGCUUUUUAUUUCGUUCCGUACGGGAAAACAAAGCAACUUGUGCGUUAAACUCGUCAUGAAACAUUGUUACACUUUAAUAUAUAAUGAACGUUUACAUUCGAAUUACAAUAUCUUAAAGUAAUGCAGAGUCAGGCCCUUGGGCGUCCAGGCAGUGACAGCACCUUAGUGUGGGUUUGCUCAGAUGCCUUUCUGAUGUCUGAAAACGGCUAGAAUGAUGUUAUUUUAACGCAACACUGCGCUAUUAAUCGGACAACUUAGUGAUGUUUCACCUCUCUCUCAUCAGACACGUUAAGCUGAUUUCAUGAAACAGUAUGAAACUAUAUUGAAUUCAGCAUGUUUCCCUUAAAUCACACCAUCUGUAAUCUCGAGAGGAGAUUUUAGGAAUUUAGUUUUACAAAGGCGAUUUUUUUUCUCUGCUGUCCGUUUGUUUGCAGUUCCGUCAUAAUCCAUGUUAAGUACGUCAAAAUCAUUCUACAUUUGUAAGCUCGCUCAUUCUCUCCUUUUUUUAUUUUCCAGUACACAGCUCUCGAUAAAGAAAGUCAGAUAUUCAGUGGUAAGCCCCACCGAGAUAUUGAAGGAGUUGGUCCGGAGCAAACGGCUCGGACGUCCUCGGGUGCGGA